ACACACUUUCUACACUUAAAACGAGACAAGAAUAUAUAUAGGUGCAAUGUAAUCUGACAUACUGAAGUGAGAAAAUGCGGAAAGUGUAAUUAAUCUUUUAUUUAACCAAACCAAGCAGCUGAUUCGAAAUUUGUAUGUAUAAAAUCAACCGUUUAAAUAUAUUAAGAAAUAACAUGAUGAUUGAUGAAUUAUAAAGUGUUACAUCUUAACCUCAUUUGUUAUGUCUUAUGUUCCACUAAUCUCACCAUUUGUUUUUAAUUAUAAUUACAUAAUCGCAAAUAUUAUAACAGCCGUUAGCUUUGAUAUAAAAAAUAAACUGCUUACAGCCAAAUAUAUCACAUUCCUAAGAUUUUAUUCUAAUUCUUUCACUAUUUGUUAUUUACAGGUGUGUGUCCACAGCCUUCUCGACUCAGAAAACCGCGAAUAAUCUACCAAUGUUUAUAAUAUAUAAAUCACAGAAAAGAACAAUAAAAAAUACUUUUACUUGAAAUUUUUAAUUAAAUUCUUUGUCUAAUAAGUUUUGUGAGGUAAUAAUAUCAAUAUUAUUAAUGUGAACAUGAUACAAUUAUAUGUUAAAAAAUAGUCAGUCUUCCCGUAUAAUCCUCCAGAAUCCAGAGAAAUCGCCUGUAUCGAAAAAAAUUGAUGAAAUCGAAUUUGAUAUUUUUAGCAAGGCAUUGUUUCUUUAAUAAAAUGCCUUAUUACGCAGUUGCCAAGGGUCGAAAGCCUGGGAUUUAUGCCACCUGGGAUGAGUGUAGCGCCCAAGUUAAUAAAUUUCCUGGAUCGAUAUACAAAAAAUUUGUAACGGAGAGUGAGGCACAAAACUUCAUAAAGGAACGUUCAUCUUCAGCCGUAGGAACAAGUUCCACUAAACAACAGCUUAUUUCAAGAGUUAGUAAGCCCAUGGAAAAUAUUUUACAAAGAUCAAGAGCCCUGCCGACGCAACUGUUCCCACUUGGAAGCAAGCGACCUGCUGUAGCUCAAGAAAAGUCAGUUCUGAAACGAACUUUGUCAACGGGUAACGGAGUCAAUGAUAAACUCGAACAACCAAAUAAAAAGAGAAAAGUUGUGGCAGACUCUGGAGCGACUCAAUCUUCUGAACAGAAUGAUAAAGCGAAUUUCAUUAUGGAUGAAGACGGCUACGUAAACGUUUUUACGGACGGUGCGUGCAGUGCCAAUGGACACAAAGGUGCACGAGCGGGUAUCGGUGUUUGGUUCCAAGACGAUCAUCCGUUAAACGUGUCCCGACCGGUGGAAGGACGGCCUACGAACAACAUGGCAGAGAUCCAAGCAGUCACGAUAGCUGCAAGGCAGGCGAAGAAAGCAGGGAUAAAAAAAUUGAAGGUCAACACUGAUUCCAAGUUCCUCAUUUCUUGUAUUACACAGUGGAUGCCAAGAUGGAAGAAGAGAGGCUGGACAACGCUAAAUAAUAAGCCCGUUAUAAACAAAACGGAGCUACUGGAAAUGGAGAAAGAGCUAGAGUUACUGACCGUCGCCUGGAAUCAUGUGAACGGACACGUUGGAAUUCAUGGUAACGAAAUGGCAGACAAAUUGGCAAAAGAAGGAAGUUUGUCCUACAAAAGAUCAAAUUGAUAAUAAAGAUAAAUAUUUCAUUAAUUAUAAAUUAUUUGUAAUAUUUAUUUACAGAUUUAGAAUUUGCUUAGUGAAUAAAGUGAAUAUUGA